AUGUCACAACCAAUUCUCUCGAUAAAGUCCGACGACAACAAGUCCAAGGCCAUAGCGAACCUGCUGCCUUGCCGUAUCCAUCACGAUGGCCCUAUUCCUGACGUUUCCAAUUAUUGGUCACCCACCACUGCCGAAGCAUACUUUCGGGGGCGAAAACUUCAUGGCAAGACUGUAAAGCUACCGGAGCAGUGCCGCGGUGUCUUGGUAGAGAGGAGGCAAGAAAAGGAGCAGCAGCCUGCAGUAGAGGAACCGGUCGUUGUGAUCGACGAUGACGAAGCUGAGAAGGGGCCCGCCGGAACCAUGCAGGUUACGGCUGAAUUUGAUGAAAUGGUUAUUUGGGGUCACGAGACUCUCGUGGAUGCCGCUGAGGACCCGUACAUUCGGAGUAUGGAGGAAUGGCUUCAAGUGGCUGGUCAAGUAAGCUCAUUCCCCCCUCGACAUGCAAGUUUUUCGUGCUAA